UAUAGGCACUUUUUCCAUGAGUAAUGGAAGUGUUCUUCACUUUAAUAGCAAUAAUAUAAAAAGGCACUUUCCCCACAUGACAGGAGGACGAACUUCUGGUUAGGAGACGACUUCCCGGAGCCCACGGCCUCUGCCCGCCAUGAGGGGGACCUGCGUCCUUGCAUGGCUGUUCUCAAGCCUGGGGUGGUGGAAACUCGCGCAGCCAGAAACAGAUGCAUCUCGGUGCCAGAGAGCGGAGCACCCGGUCAUUUCCUACAAAGAAAUUGGCCCCUGGUUGCGGGAGUUCAGAGCGAAGAACGCUGUGGAUUUCUCGCAGUUAACAAUUGACCCAGGACAGAAAGAACUUGUGGUAGGAGCAAGAAACUACCUCUUCAGGUUACAGCUUGAGGAUUUGUCUCUGAUCCAGGCUGUGGAGUGGGGGUGUGAUGAAGCCACCAAGAAGGCGUGUUACAGUAAGGGCAAAUCCAAGGAGGAAUGUCAGAACUACAUCCGGGUGCUUUUGGUGGGUGGCGACCGGUUGUUUACCUGUGGGACCAAUGCUUUCACUCCUGUCUGCAGCAACCGCUCGCUGAGCAACCUGACGGAGAUCCACGAUCAGAUUAGUGGCAUGGCCCGCUGUCCCUACAGCCCCCAGCACAAUUCCACGGCUCUUCUCACGGCCGGCGGGGAGCUCUACGCCGCUACAGCCAUGGAUUUUCCCGGGCGGGAUCCUGCCAUUUACCGAAGUCUGGGCAUCCUACCCCCUCUCCGCACAGCGCAGUACAACUCCAAGUGGCUCAAUGAACCAAACUUCGUGUCAUCUUAUGACAUUGGAAAUUUCACCUACUUCUUUUUCCGAGAAAAUGCCGUGGAGCAUGACUGUGGGAAAACCGUGUUCUCCAGAGCUGCCCGGGUCUGUAAGAAUGACAUCGGGGGGCGGUUCUUGCUGGAGGACACAUGGACCACGUUCAUGAAGGCUCGCCUGAACUGCUCCCGGCCCGGGGAGGUCCCCUUUUACUACAAUGAACUGCAGAGCACUUUCUUUCUGCCCGAGCUGGAUCUGAUCUAUGGCAUCUUUACCACCAAUGUGAACAGCAUCGCUGCCUCGGCCGUGUGCGUCUUCAACCUGAGCGCCAUCUCCCAGGCCUUCAAUGGUCCCUUCAAGUACCAGGAGAACUCACGCUCCGCCUGGCUGCCGUAUCCCAACCCCAACCCCAACUUCCAGUGUGGCACGGUGGACCAGGGCCUGUACAUGAACCUGACGGAAAGAAACCUGCAGGAUGCUCAGAAGUUCAUCUUGAUGCAUGAGGUGGUCCAGCCCGUGACCUCAGUGCCUGUUUUCAUGGAGGACAACAGCCGCUUUUCCCACGUGGCCGUCGACGUGGUGCAGGGCAGGGACAUGCUUGUCCACAUCAUCUAUCUGGCCACAGACUACGGCACCAUCAAGAAGGUGCGGGCGCCCCUGGCCACGGCGGGCGGCAGCUGUCUGCUGGAGGAGCUGGAGCUCUUCCCCGAGCGGCGCGCGGAGCCCAUCCGGAGCCUGCAGCUCGUCCACAGCCGGAGCGUCCUGUUCGUGGGCCUGCACGGGCACGUGGCCAGGAUCCCGCUCAAGAGGUGCCGCAGCCACCGCACCCGCAGCACCUGCAUUGGGGCCCAGGACCCUUACUGUGGCUGGGACAUGGUGAUGAAGAAAUGCACAAGCCUGGAAGAGAGCCUCAGCAUGACACAGUGGGAGCAGAACACCUCCACCUGUCCCACGAGGAAUCUCACCGUGGACGGGCACUUCGGGGCGUGGUCUCCGUGGACGCCCUGCACGCACACCGAUGGCAGCGCCCUGGGAUCCUGCCUGUGUCGCACCCGCUCCUGCGACAGUCCGGCCCCCCAGUGCGGAGGCUGGCAGUGCGAGGGCCCCCGCAUGGAGAUCGCCAACUGCUCCAGGAACGGCGGCUGGACCCCCUGGACCUCGUGGUCCCCCUGCAGCACCAGCUGCGGGAUCGGCUUCCAGGUGCGCCAGCGAUCGUGCAGCAACCCCACCCCCCGGCACGGGGGCCGGGUGUGCGUGGGCCAGAACCGCGAGGAGAGAUACUGCAACGAGCAUUUGCUGUGCCCCCCGCACAUGUUCUGGACAGGCUGGGGCCCCUGGGAACGGUGCACGGCCCAGUGCGGGGGUGGCAUCCAAGCUCGCCGCAGGACCUGCGAGAACGGACCUGACUGCGCAGGCUGUAACGUGGAGUACCAGCCCUGCAAUAUCAACCCGUGCCCCGAGCUGAAGAAGACCACGCCUUGGACGCCCUGGACACCGGUCAACAUCUCGGACAACGGGGGCCACUAUGAGCAGCGAUUCCGCUACACGUGCAAAGCCCGCCUGCCGGACCCCAAUCUGCUGGAGGUGGGACGACAGAGAAUCGAGAUGCGCUACUGCUCCAGCGAUGGCACCAGCGGCUGCUCUACGGAUGGCCUUUCUGGUGACUUCCUGCGAGCCGGGAGAUACUCCGCCCACACCGUCAACGGGGCGUGGUCAGCCUGGACAUCGUGGUCACAAUGCAGCCGCGACUGCAGCAGGGGCAUCCGGAACCGGAAGCGCGUCUGCAACAACCCCGAGCCCAAGUAUGGGGGCUUGCCUUGCCUGGGCCCCUCCCUGGAAUACCAGGAGUGCAACAUUCUGCCCUGUCCAGUGGAUGGCAUGUGGUCCUGCUGGUCCCCCUGGUCAAAAUGCUCGGCGACCUGCGGCGGUGGACACUACAUGAGGACCCGCUCGUGCACAAACCCAGCGCCAGCCUACGGAGGAGACAUCUGCCUGGGGCUGCAUACGGAGGAAGCUCUCUGCAACACCCAGCCCUGCCCUGAGAGCUGGUCGGAGUGGUCAGACUGGUCUGAAUGUGACGUGUCUGGAGUCCAGGUCCGCACCCGCCAGUGCAUCCUUCUGUUCCCUGUGGGCAGCCAAUGUUCUGGAAACACCACGGAGAGCCGGCCGUGUGUCUUUGAUUCCAAUUUCAUCCCAGAAGUAUCUGUGGCGAGAUCCAGUAGUGUAGAAGAGAAGAGGUGCGGGGAGUUCAAUGUGUUCCACAUGAUUGCCGUGGGGCUGAGCAGCUCCAUCCUGGGCUGCCUCCUGACGCUGCUCGCCUACACCUACUGCCAGCGGUACCAGCAGCAAUCCCACGAUGCCACUGUCAUCCACCCCGUGGCUCCCGCUCCGCUCAACACCAGCAUCACUAACCAUAUUAACAAACUCGACAAGUACGACUCCAUGGAAGCCAUCAAGGCAUUUAACAAAAACAAUUUGAUCCUGGAAGAAAGAAACAAAUACUUCAACCCGCAUCUCACUGGGAAGACCUAUUCCAACGCCUACUUUACAGAUCUCAACAACUACGAGGAGUACUAAUACCUGUUAUAUUUUUGGCUUCUUGUAAUUCCCCAGCUCCUCAAGGCCUGUGCUCCGUGACUGCCCAUGUUUCCAAGACUUUAAAGUUGAAGUUUGGAUACAUUUCAAGUGCAUUUCAAGCCACAAGUUUCCCAUUGCUGCCAAAAACAGACAUCCUUAAAAGCAACACAGAUCUAAAUAUGAUGUCGUGAAAAUCUGGUCUAAACACUUGAUCAUUGUUGAAUGAGCCAUGGUGUGAAGCUUUCUUUUAUUUCGUUUUACUGUGUUCAGUCCAUUUUUUCUAACAAGUCACUUGUUUUCUUGAGCUUUUUAAUAAAUGUACCACCCACCUGGGAAGGAGUCUUUAGAAAUAGGAAUGUUUUCCUACUCUUAACCAUAAGUCUUUUUGAUGUUUUAAUUCAAGAAAGACACUUCAGCUGAGAGUCCCCAUUCUCCAUAAGGAGUGUUAGGUCUGUAAGUAAUUGAGAAAAUGAAGAUGAAGAAUGUGGCCAUAGAGUUAUUCUCCAUUGAUCUCCCAUCUUCCCAAUCUGGAUAAUUCUGUGGCGUCCUUGGAAGCAACUUGUGUGUUUGGACUUGGACUGGUUCUUGACUAGGGACGAGCAGGGAGUCACCCUGGCUGGUAUCUGCCGAGGUGAUGCCAUGAGGUAUGACACACUCUUCCCCUGGUCCUGAUGCAGUUACCGUGUGACCCCCGGUGGAGGGGAGCUCAACGACCAGAGGCACAGACACAAAGGACUGCCCAGCGUUCCGUGUGCUCCUAUAAGGCUAGGCAUAUCCACACUCCUGGAUUUCACAGCAUUCCUGGGAGUUCCUUGCUGUGCGUCCGUCUGGUCCAUAGUCGCGUCCUGAAGAGACGACCUGUAUAACCAUCAACUCGCUCCACAUUUGGAUACACUCCACACCUGCCCUGUCCCUGCAAAGAACAAUCUUAAACAUUCGUGGCACCAAUGAGGGAAAUACUGAAAUGUAAUGGAAAUCAACAUUUUUUAUAUCUUCCAUGUUGUGGAAAGGAUUGAAAGAACUGAUGUUUAAUGAAAAGCAACGUUCUAUUUUCUGUCUCCUGAUAGAAGUAGCGUAUGGCCAUCAGCCGCUUUCCCAGAGCGUUACUGACGUGGAAUGAUGGCUUUCUGCACCCCGUGCUCUACAUAGUGGAAUUUGCUGCCUCCAGGUCAGGUGGGGAGGGGACGUUCAGCUCUGGUGCCUUUGGCUUCUAUCUCAGUGCUGCCUUCCUACCGUCCCUCCCCCUUCUUCCUGCACAGAGAUCUUAGCAUUGCAGGACGGACCUUGACAAAGCAGGGAUGUGAGGUUUUUAAUGAUCCUGUGGUUCUGAGCAUUGAUCACUACUAAGCAUUUCAGAGCAUUUCAAUACUGUUGAUAGAGGUCCCCAGAAAUGAAAAAAAAAGGAUAAAUUACUCAUAAACAACUGAUAAAGAAUACAUGGCAGUUGGCUGAAUAAUCUUCAAAAGGAAGAACAAGAUUGGAACUGUUCAUCUGAUGCCUAAGUGGUCAGGAAAACGUGUUCUUUUUGCUCAGUGAACCUUCUGAUUUGCAAAAAUACAUAGCACAGGCAUUGAGGAACACAGACUUGGCACACGUGUUUUUAUCCUAUCCCAUGGAAAGAAACAAUUCCAGAAAGUGUUGGGGAAAACCCCCUGUUUAGUAAUGGAUACAUAUUCCCUGGUUUCUAGAAGCUACUCUACUAUAAUGCAAAUGUAAGUGUCACGUGGUCUCAGAGACCUCUGGUAGAUUGCUACUGAAUGUGUUCUGUAUCCUUCCGGUGGGACAUUCAUGUUGCCUCUCUUGCGACACACAGACCCAAACUCCAUCCUCGGGAGGUGAAAUUCAGUCUGGUGUUUUCCUCCUCGUUCUUGAGCUGGAUUUUGAAAUUGUGUUAUCAACUUUCCUUUAAGAAAAAUGCCCUCCCCACGUUAUAGCUGUUUUUUGAAUCCCUCUCCCAAGUGUUUUCUAAGCUUAAAAGGUCAUUUCAUCUCCCAAAGAAAUAGGAUACUAAUCCUUCAGGAAAGCAUCAGCGGACCUGAUUGGAAAUGCUUUCUCAGUGCUGUCCAGCCCGGACUCCAGUCAGUGCCAGGCUGUCGCUGGUGACGGCGCAUCGUCUUCCACACCGAAUUGUCACCUUGUUGAUUACAUGCGUCCUGGAAUUAUCACUGCAGAGAAACGCCCUCGUUUUUGUUCCCUGACACUCUGCCCAAUGACACAUUAUUCUGGCUUCUCUUUCCCUCUGUCUCUCUCCUCUGUCUCUCUCGAAGUCUCCUUAUCUCACAGACUUUCAAUUGGUUUAGAAUAAUUUUAAAUAUAUUCUAAGUAUUUUAAUCAACUGUCGAGUAACUUCCUUUUCCAGCAGUCCUGUGUCUGUGACCCUCCUUCACACUCUUGUGCUGUGUGAGCUCAGGUGGGCUUUCACAAGUGGGGUCUGCCACGUCUCCGGGGGCCCUCCAUAAAGGAACUUCCUGGAAGCUGAGUGUGUGAUUGAUUCUCCUCCCUGUGGGUCCUGCUGUAAGUUUCUGAAUGACUAUUUUCUUCUGUCUUUAUCUUUUCUUUUCCUUUCUUCUGUUUUUCCCUUCUUUCCUCCCUUCCUUCCUUCCUUCCAAGCAGCACAGACAGAGACUAAUAGGUUUAAGCUGCACCCCCUCCGAACCAAAUCUCAAAUGACAUUAAUCACAGUUUAAUCUCUAGGAUUAUUUCUGGAUUCGGUUGAAGUUUGGCUGGUUUUCCUUAGGACACUGGCUUUAGUCUCACAUUGAAAUUCCUUGGAAGGGAGUCCCAGGGGCGGAACUGCUCAAGGUCCCUUCUCCAGAAGGGGCAGGUCACCAGGCUCAUCCUGCAGGGACAGCACAGCAGGGCCCUUCCCCGGGGAGCUCUGGGGGCGGGGCGCGAUGAGCCCCUGCCUGCGUCUCCCUGAGCCCCAGGACCGGGACCUGGGAGGAAUGCGGGCCAGGAGGGCUCUGCCCACGGAAGCCCCGCAGUCCUCGGACUGGGCGCUGCCCCGUCCAUGCGCCGCCCUCGCCGGGGUCCGUUUCUGUGCUGCGCCCAGGGUCCCCGAACCCCCUGCUCCAGGGACGCCUGAGUCCACUCACCGGGGUGCCCCGGCUACCCGCGCGGCCUCGGGCGCAGGGCGGGUGCAGGAUCGGACGGGCGCAGGGCGUGCGCAGGAGUGGACGCGGGGGCACAGGGGUGUCCCUGCCCCUGGAGGAGCCGGUUCCCGGGAAGGUCUGGCCCCACUGCUCGGAGCGAUGCCGAAGAGAAGAGAAGCUGGGAGAAGAGAAGCUGGGAACGGGCGGGAAGCAGGGACAGUGAGAAGACGGGGACCGGGGCUCCUGGCCGGGGGAGGGGCCCACGGGGUUCAGUGGGUCUGAGGCCAGGGCUCUUCAGGGACCCACCCGCAGCCAGCAGGGGCUUGCGCCUGGGGCCCUGUGUCCGCACCUGUCUGCACCCCUCCCUGCCCUCGAGGGGGGCGCUCCCACCGAGGCCGGGGUGGCACCCGUGGGGCAGAAGGCCUUCAGGCUGUGACCGAGUCUCCACAGGGGUGCCUGUCCCCAGGGCCACCUCGGGGGCGUGCGUGUAGCUGAAGGUCAGAGGCGACUUCGAGUGUACAUGGAGUCUGCACUCGGCUAGUCAUUGUGUCUAAAUACUCGUUUAGUGCUCACUGACAGUGCGGCCUGGAUAGUGCGUGAGUUCACAAAUAUCCUUAUGCUUCCUUAUGACAAUGACUUGCUUUUAGAAUAAAUCACGAACAUUUCUCCAGUCCUGUCAAACCACCUUCGCAGGAUGUCUUCUACACUUCAUUGGGGUUUCUUAUGUGGCAUGUGGGGGCAACUCCAAAUAUAGCAUUUCUGGCUCUAAAGAUGGCCCGGGGCACCUCACCAGAGGCAACGGGGACCGUGGUGGAUCCAGCGACCUGCUUCUGCCUCAGAGCAGCCAUUCUCCACAGAACAGGACUGUCCCUAAACCUCCGGCUCCAAUAAUCAAUGUUUCCCAAGGUGGGGAUUAAAAUGAUUACCUUAAAUCAACUCAUAGGCAAACUCUCUGCUGUUCUUUUAAGGAUGGGAUGAGGCAGAGUGGAGUUCUCAGAUUGCGUUGGCAUACCCAGCGCAUGGUCCCUUCUACGUCUCCAUUAUGUCAUGAUCAUUCCUGUUGACUUGGUGAUAACACGUUACACAAUAUCGCGUUUAGUUGCCUAUGAUGAUCUGUUAUCAGACACUAGAAAGCCAUUCUGAGCCCCCUUGCUUCUCUGGACAAUGGGAAUGAAAUGGAAGAAUAUAAAGUAACAGUCAUUCUGACCUGAGAAAUGCACAAAAAGAAAUGCCGAUUACUGCACAGUGUAUCCCCGUGUGAGAUAAAAGGUGUGGAGGCCAGGAGCCAAGGCGGGAUUUAUUUCUGCUGUUCCCCCCUAUUGAGGUUAUUAAUAAGAACUGAUUUAAAGAUGCUUUGUAACUCUACAAAUACUGACUUGAGUUAAUCAUAUUAUCUGUUUUGAUAGCCUGAUAAAACACAGGGAAACACAUUGUUGGGAUCCUUGCUUUUCCCUUUGGAAAUUGACACAUAAUGAACAGGAUGCAUUGGUGAGUUUUUGGCAGGGAUUUCUAUAAAGACUAUUCUAUACUCGUUUUUUAUGGACUAUUUUAAGGGUGCGUUAUACAUAUUUUGGGAAAGAGACGGAUCAAAGUUUUUUCAUAUGUCGUAUGUCACAUUAUCAAAAAUUUGGUGCAUACUACAAAAGCAUCAGGAUCGGAGAAUGCUGUCUCUUGAAAAUAUAGUGUAUGCUGCACAGGGACUUGGAGCAUCAUCAAAACCAAAAGCUGAGCCUGACAGCGUGUUCAUUUUUUAGUGUAAGCUGUCUCCUAGCAUUUGCAAAAGAUCAUAUUAGUUCUGCCAUAGAAAGUAAUCAAGCCUAUUACCCAUGACCAGAGUCGGAAUCCAUUUUUGUCCAAGCAAACAGGUUUUACUGUAUUGACAUGCUGAGGAUAACUAGUCAAGGACAUUUAAAAACUGGAAAGGAACAAAGGACAGAUGGAAAACCACACUGUGGCAUUUCUUAAACCAACAUGUCAGACUGGCAAUCCCAUCCACUCCAUCUCAUCAUACUUAGUAAGAAAUCUGAGGCUGGUCCUUUGACCAUGACCCUGUUAUUUUUCAGCUUUGUGGCAACUUAAUGCCAAAUAGUCCAAAUGUCAAAUGAAUGGUGGUUCAAAUGGUAGUUCAAAAUAGUUCAAAUGCUAGAUAAAUACAAGCUGGGAGCAAAAUCCGAACACUCCUUCUGUGAUGUCGCUAAGAAGAAGGCGUUGUUGGCCACCCUCUGUAAGUGCAGAUAGUUUCGUCUCCUAUAAAAAGUUGCUCGUGCCUUGUUUAAGAUGAUGAUUAAUCAUCUCGAUCUGGAUAUUAUUGGUUCCAAUUCAAAGCAGAGGACUGACUGGCUAUACUCUAAAGAAAAUCAUUCUUGUAUGUCUUUUUGAACUCAGGAAUAGAAAAAGACCAAGGAGCACAUCCUAGUCGGGUGUGAUGUCUGCCACCACUGGGUAGGGCGUGUGGCACACGAACAGGUGCAGAAGUAUUGUGCUCGGAGUUCAGGCUAGUCUGGUCUCAGGCUUCCAGAAACUGACAUCACCUGAAUGUUAACAUCUUCCAUAAAACACCUUAGUGUUUGGUCUGUCACAGGGAUGGCUGAUGUGCCAUCUAUAGAAGUUGGAGCUUUUGUUACUGACCCCUUUAAGGCAAGUCCAGGGAAAUCAGGCUGGUGACAGCCGGCACAGAUACUCCGAGUGGAAUGAGAACCACCUAGAACUUUGCAUAUUUAGUAUUGUUCUUUAAGUCAGUGCCACAACUGCUUCACAAGUUCGUGAAGUUGUCGCCCUUAAUUUGGGUUAGGAAAGUUAACAGUGCUUUCUCUGCUAAAGGUGUUUUCUCUUAAACCAUGACUGUUGGCCAAAAUCAAACUUGAACUUCUGCACUUUGAAGGAAAGCACAGUAUGAACCUUCAGCCCAGGCACCUACAGUCACCACUGAAAUUCCACAUCAUCUGCAAAGAAAAUGCACAAACUUGGUCCACUGUAGGAUUCUCCAAAAGUGUGUAACAAAGCUUGCGUGUCACGCCCCUUGAUGUGACCUUUGAAGAUGUCAUGAAGUGUUAAAUGCCUCAUUCUGUGUGAAUUUGCUGUUGCCGUUUUGUGAUACAAAAUAAACUUAUUUGGGAUUGUUUCACUUUUUCACCAAACCUUCUCCAAAGCCAACUUAUUCCUUGGUAAACUUGCAGAUAGUUACUAACCUUAAAAUUAGUUUUUAAAAGACAACAUGAAUUAAUCAUAAUGGACCUUCCUAGAUGAGUUAGCACUGCCUUUCCCUUCCCCUGACUGAGAAAAUGGAGUUUCGAUUGCCCAAUUGGAGUCCUCGUGAAUUGCAGGUGUGUCUUCACUGGGCCUUUGGGUGCGCUAUAUUUUUUUCCCUUUUGUCCUUACAUCUGUUUUUUAAAGGUUUCUUUUGAAACCUUGUCCUUAGUAAUGUGUAAUAAAAUUUUCCAAUAGUCUUCACUUUUAUGGUUUCUGCUCAUCAAUUUGUUGGUCUUAAAUGCUCACUGGAGAGAGCUGUCUGGCGCUAUAUCCAAGAAUGUUGUUUAACGACACCUGACAGGACAGGUACAUUGCAUUAAAAAAUCGGUUUGAGAUACCAAUUGUGGCACUCCGGAUCGGGAGUCCAUCUGCUGCUGCAUUUGGAUCAAUUAUGGAAAUUUUGAGAAGGGGCAGGUGCAGGUGGGGGGGGGGGCUACCCACUAAUCAGCAGAAACCAACUCACGUCUGCUGCAGGUCCCAACGCUGAGGAAAGCAAACAGAUUUGUAAGAUAAAAUGAGCGGUUAUUCCAGAAGGGGGAACGCCGUGCUCACUCACUGCUCUUGGUGAAUUGCCGGUUUCUAUAGUCCAAAUCAAUUCAUCUUAUUUUUUAAAACAAUAAAUUCAUGAAGAAUGACCCCGAGUGUUGCUAAGAGUGCCAUCUUCCUUCCAUACCAUCCCCUCCGCACCAUUUCUAUCUGCCAACAUUUUUGGGGGACGAAAUAAGAGAAUCCUAAUUAUGUACAGUAUAAAUUGUAUUAUAUUUUUUGUACUUAUGUUUUAUGUAAAUAGUUUGUCUCAUGCAAUUGUAUGUGAGCAUUGAAAUAAAUCCUACCAUUUAGGAAA